UGGUUGGCUUAAGUCGAGCAGUCGUGAACGCUCGCUGCCUUUUGUUGUCAGUCCGCAACCAUGGUGAACAGUGACCGUAUCGUGCUGCGCGUAGCUCGUGCCGACGAGGUGGACCUGGUCCGGCAAACGCUCCGCACCAUCUACUACCCGGAAGAGGCCAUCACGAUAUCGUACGUGCACGGAGUGGAGCCCACGGAGGAUGACGAACGGUUCUCGUUGUCGUUUGUGCCGCAGGGAACGGUAGUGCUGGCGGAAGAUCUGGACGCCGGUGGGAAGGUAGUCGGGGUUUCAGUUGCGGGGCCGAUUCAACCGGGCGAUCCGGAACUGAUGGUUCAGGAAGCCGCUACGACGGAGACGAAGAAGUGGUCCGACAUCUUGAAGUUGCUGGCACUGCUGGAACAGACGGCGGAUGUUUGCGGGAAGUUUCGGCUGGAAAAGGCUUAUCAUGUGCACAUUUUGGCCGUGGAUCCGACCUAUCGGGGACAUGCGUUGGGGAAGAAGGUGUUGAAGUUCCAGAUGGAUUUGGCUGAGCAGUUGGGGUUUGGAGCAAUUAGUGGAGACUUCACCAGCGUGUAUUCCGCUAGGAUAGCGGAACAGCUGGGCAUGGAGUGCAUUAGUCAGUUCGAUAUGGAAGGUUAUCGCGACGAGCAAGGCGCCCAGCUGUUCAAGCCACGGGACGUCCACAAAGUGAUAAAGACCUGCGUGAAGGUGUUCUGAUAGUGACUAAUCCCCUUAUCAGUUCACGAAGCUUGUGAUAAGAAUUGUAUCUCUAAAUAAACCCAACUGUUGUCAA